ACACGCGCGCGCCGAGUACGGUCCCGCUCUCCAGCACGCGCGCGCGCAGAUCCCUUCUCCCCGCCAUUCCUGGACACGGAAGAUUCCUUCUGCUCUCGAUCGACGGGUAUGGUGGCGAUCGAGGGCCAGAGUCCGGGGGAGGCUGAGGCGGCGGCGCGGGGCAUCCCGAAGGAGGCGCGGAGUCUGCUGCACGAGCUGGCGGCGGAGUGGGCGGACGUGGCCGACUUCCGGGCGCUGGAGGUGGUGCCGCUCAAGGGCGCCAUGACCAACGAGGUGUACCAGGUGCGCUGGCUCACCGCCGGGGAGGGCGAGUACAGGAAGGUGCUGAUGCGGGUGUACGGGGAGGGCCUGGAGCUCUUCUUCGACCGGGAGGACGAGGUGCGCACGUUCGAGUGCAUGUCCCGCCACGGCCAGGGCCCGCGCCUCCUCGGCCGCUUCCCCACCGGCCGCCUCGAGGAGUUCAUCCACGCCAGGACACUUUCAGCUGUUGACCUGCGUGAUCCAGAGAUUUCAGCUACUAUAGCCUCCAAAUUGAGGGAAUUCCACAACCUUGACAUGCCAGGUCCAAAAUCUUUUCUCCUGUGGGAUAGAUUGAGAAACUGGCUCAAAACUGCCAAGAGUGUGUGCCCCUCUGACGAAGCGAAAGAGUUCCGUUUGGAUAGCUUGGAGAAGGAGAUCACUGCAUUGGAGAGUGAAUUUUCAGGGGAAGACCAGUGCAUAGGAUUUUGCCACAAUGAUCUCCAGUAUGGCAACAUCAUGAUUGAUGAAGAGACCAAAGCACUGACCAUCAUUGACUACGAGUAUUCAAGCUUUAACCCAGUUGCCUAUGACAUAGCAAACCAUUUCUGCGAGAUGGCCGCGGACUACCAUUCAGAAGAGCCUCAUCUACUGGACUACACAAAAUAUCCAGAUUUCGAUGAGCGGAAGAGGUUUGUGCAGACCUACCUGAUCUCUUCAGAUGGCGAGGAACCUGACGCAGAGAAGGUCAAGGAUCUGUUGAACAACAUCGAGAAGUACGCGCUUGCUAGCCAUCUCUUCUGGGGCCUCUGGGGAAUAAUCUCGGAACACGUCAAUGAUAUCGACUUCGACUAUAUGGACUAUGCGCGGCAGAGGUUCGUGCAGUACUGGCUGAAGAAACCCGCGAUCCUAGCCUGCCACGCUGAUGAAUGAACCCCCAGCGAUGACCAGGUUUCGUCCUGAUGGGCAAUGGCCAGUGGCUCCUGCACAUAGUAUAUAGCUUGCAGUGCGCCUGCUCCCGACGCAUCAACGACCAAGCCUGCCUAUGAUGAUACAGAGUUGAGAUGAAGCUGGGCUGUGCUGGUUUUUUGCUGUUCAGUUGUCCUCAGUCUUCUGAAGGAACUUGUUGUAAGAUGAUAAUAUAUGAUAGCUUGUGGUCGAUUGCUCUGUCGAGCUAGCGUGCUGUUUUUUCUCUUUUUUUAGAUGGUGCGGUGUGCUCUGUAGCUGUACAUAUUUGCCAUGAAUUCGGUGGCUGUGCAAGAAUCAGCCGAGUGGUAGAGACUAGAGAGUAUAUAUUUUGUGUCGAAUAAAACCGGGAUACAGAACA